GCGGUGAUCGGUGUGGCUGUGUUCGACAUUGUUCCGAUGUAAAUUUUACGUAAAAGUUUUUGGUGCACGAAUCGAAUGCAUAGAGCCACAACACAACAGUGGUUCCUGAAACAAUGGUAGAAACGGUACUGUCUAGUGAGAUCACGCGUAGCCAGCAUGAAGAAAUCAAAAUUGCACACCAAAACGCAUUCGUAUCAGUAUCUGGAAAAACCCAGAGCCAAACGACACCAUGGCUUAUUCGAUUCCCUCGUCAAAUCUUUGACCACAUUCCUCUGGCCCGUAGCAAACGAUUUUGGCUCUGCUCCAGCAAGGAGUUGGAUCGAGGCAACCUUCCACAAAAGAGAAUGUUCCAGAUACAAGCCGACUGCUAAAGAUGAAUCAAGAUGUUGCUGUGGACGCACGUUGGAGCAACACAAAUUCCUGACAGACCCGAACCCCAUGGCCCCGGGGGACAUAUGGUAUCCGAGCCGUUGCACAGUGGCGCAUCCUACCGACGCCUAUGGAACUCUCGAGUUCCAAGGCGGACCUCAUCCCUCCAAAGCACAAGUAAGCAUCGUCGUUGGAAACAGGAAAUCAGUCAAUCAUUCAAAUAUUGCCGUAAAGAGUUUUUUAAAGAUCUGUGUAUGA